GGCUGCAGGGGGCGGAGCUGCUCUGUGAUUGGCUGUCCUGGCAGCAGCGGUGACGUCAGCAGGUGUUGGGGGAGGAGGUGCUGCAUCGUGUCCGUCUCCUCCGUCUGUCUCCGUCUCCUCCGCAUCGGUCCGGAUCGAUCUCCCAGAACCAGCUGUCCAGAGCCGCAGACUGACGUCAUGUCCGGAUCCAAGGAGGACCGCAAAGGCUCCGGGGAGUGGCGGGAAUUCUUCUGGAACCCGCGGACCCACGAACUGCUGGGGAGGACGGCCUCCAGCUGGGGCCUCAUCCUGCUCUUCUACCUGAUCUUCUACCUGUUCCUGGCCGGGAUGUUCGCUCUCACCAUGUACAUCAUGCUGCUGACGCUGGACGACUACAAGCCCACCUGGCAGGACCGCCUGGCCACUCCAGGGAUGAUGAUUCGUCCUAAAGGAGACCAGCUGGAGAUCACCUUCUCCGUGUCCAGCACUGAGAGCUGGGACGGCCUGGUCACCAACCUCAACUCCUUCCUGUCUUCCUACAAUGACAGCUAUCAGGUCCAGACCAACGAUAACUGUCCUCCUGAUCAGUACUUCAUCCAGGAGGACAGUGGAGAGGUGAGGAACAACCCCAAGCGUUCCUGUCAGUUCAACAGGACCAUGCUGGAGGACUGUUCUGGGAUUUCAGAUCGUUUCUAUGGUUACAACAGAGGUCAGCCCUGCAUCCUCAUCAAACUCAACCGGGUAAUCGGGAUGUUACCAGGGAAGGACGGUCAAUCUCCAUACGUCAUCUGUGGAGCCAAGAGUUACAAAGUGGGGAAAGAUGAGUGGAGAGAAGACAGCGAUAAGAUCGGACCUCUGGCGUAUUAUCCUCCCAAUGGAACCUUCAACCUCAUGUACUACCCGUACUACGGCAAGAAAGCUCAGGUGAACUACACUCAGCCGCUGGUGGCCGUGAAGUUCCUGAACGCCUCCAUGAACACAGACAUCAACGUGGAGUGUAAAGUCACCUCCAACACUCUGGCCGACGGCAGUGAGAGGGACAAGUUCGCUGGACGGGUUUCCUUCAAACUACGAAUCAAUGACAAAUAGACACACCUGUCUGCAUACCUGUCUCAGGUUAAAGCUGCACUCUUCCAGAUGUUUCCCCAGCCGCCCUGUUCCAGCCUCACUACAACCAGCUGUGUUUCUGUUUCUAGUUCUUCUCCGGCUUCAUGACGCUUUCAUGACCGGCUUCAUGACGCCUUCAUGACUGGCUUCAUGACGCCUUCAUGACCGGCUUCAUGACGCCUUCACUGACUGGCCUCGUGACGCCUUCACUGACCGGCUUCAUGACGACUUCACUGACCGGCUUCAUGACGCCUUCACUGACCGGCCUCGUGACGCCUUCACUGACUGGCCUCAUGACGUCUUCACUGACUGUUACUCUUCAGUGUUUGUUUUAGUCAGGCUGUCCCCGGUAGUCCUGUUCAACCACUUUUGUUUUUAUUUAGAAAUAUUUUUCCUGAUAUGACCCUUCAUUAGUGCAGCUUUAACUCAAACACACAAACCAAUCAGCACGCACACAUGCUCUGAUGUCACUGCCACUGAGGACGGACAACGGUCUUCACCUGCAUUGUCCAUCGAUCUGCAUGAGUCAAGAACCAAAUUAUUGAUCACACGUCUGUUUAUUUAUUUAUUCAUUUAUUUAUUUAUGUCAUCUUUAUUUAUUUACUGUAUUUAUGUCGACUUUUUCUUCAUUUAUGAAGUUAAAAUUGUUACAUAUCAAGAGAUAAAGGCUUAGAAACUACAAGCCACGGAAACCAGUUCAGAAACUGGUUCAGAAACUGGUCUGUCUCUUGGGCCACGUUCGACCCGUCUCCUGGUUUGUUGCCAUGGAAGCAGCUGAGUCCACAGCCAAUCAGACUGGAGCUUCACUGACCUACAGCAUAUCUUCUGUACUUCCUGCUUUGACCUAUGUGGCUGCAGCUGAUUGGCCUGUUAGUUAAUUAGAUGAUUAGUGAAAACCUUGAAGACAGUGAGUUUAGAAUGAGUUAGUUAACGAUAGGAAGUCAUUAGUUGUUACAUGUUUCUUUGUUUGCUGUUGAUUUGUUUACGUUUGUUUUUGUUUACGAAUGUCACCAUGGGGAUGAGCAUGACAACAACACACACACCAUCUCGACUGUCAAUCACCCCAUCGUGCCACGUGGAAAUGCCCCUCCCACCUGUACUGCUUUCCACCAAUCGUCUUCCUUUAAAGAGGGACCAGCCAAUCAGGUGGUCCUGCUGUAUGAUGUCAUAUGCUGUUACUCGUUUGUGACUGGUUUAUCUCUCCUGCCUGAAAAUGUCCUCGUGUUCAACUAACGAUAAAAAACAAAGAAAUAAACAAAAUACAACCAA